AUGAAUCCUGAUGUUUUUGAAGAUACUGACUUCGCACCUUCAUAUGUAACAGACAGACCAAUGCAAACCAGUUCUGAUGACUUGACACAAAUAGAACAAAUGAGCGACGAAUCUCCACCCGCUGUGCCGAAUAGUAAUACAAAUGAAAAAGAGUCAAAUGAUAAUCAAACAGGAGAAGCCGACGAGCAACACGAGGAAGAAAAAUCAAAUGAAGAACAAGACAAAACAGAUACUUUACAAUCAAGUGACCCUAACGAGGAAUCUAAUUUUCAAAAAUAUCUUCAGGAACGACAACGAGUUCUAGACAAGGUGUCAAUAGCACAUUACAGUGCUACAGUCCGAGAGACAGCAGCAGGUCAUCAGGAUCACCAAAAGAAAACAGCAAAAUCAUUUGACACAAGCGAGGAACGACCAUUCUCCAAAGAACCUCCAUUGAAAAACCCUAGAAUAACUUCAAGUAGAAAGAGAAAGACUGAUAUUCUCAACGAUACACCAGAAAAGAACGCACAUGAAGAGGAAGAAAAAAGAAAAUGUCAGAAACAGCAAUAG